UGACGUCAUAGUCAUCUGUGUUUACUUCCGCAUUGGAGUAGUAGUAAUACUUUGUUUGUUUUUCGUUAAUAUUUUUUUAAUUUACAAAAAUGAAUCGACUCUUUGGACGGGGGAAGCCGAAAGAGCCUGCACCGAACCUUACUGACUGUGUUUCGAAUAUUGACUCUCGAGGAGAAUCAAUUGACAAGAAAAUUGCUCGCCUUGAUGCAGAGUUAAAAAAGUACAAGGAUCAAAUGGCAAAGAUGAGAAAUGGGCCCUCGAAGAACAUGGUCAAACAAAAAGCAAUGAGAGUGUUAAAACAAAAGAAAAUGUAUGAAAAUCAGCGAGAAAAUCUUUCAAACCAGUCGUUCAACAUGGAACAACAGAAUUUCGCCAUACAGCAGAUCAAAGACACAAAAUCAACAGUUGAUGCAAUGAAAGUGGGAGUUAAAGAGUUCAAGAAGGCUUACAAGCAUGUCAACCUCGAUCAAAUAGAGAAUCUACAAGACGAAUUGGAAGACUUAACGGAAACUUCGAACGAAGUCCAGGAGAUUAUGGGCCGCAGUUAUGGCAUGCCGGAAGUAGAUGAUGACGAGCUGGAGGCAGAAUUAGACGCUCUCGGUGAUGAGAUCGGUCUAGAUGAGGACACAUCAUACCUUGACGAUGCCGUCACUACACCAUCUGUACCAACGAGCGACCCAGGUGGUGAAAGUGUCAGGGACAAUGUUCCAGUGGAUGAGUUUGGUUUGCCACAGAUUCCCGCCAAAUAAUACAUGGACUGAUAAGCCUUAGUUGUGAUAGUGUAUUCUAAAUGUGGGUUAUAUUAAUAUGUGAAUGACAAAUUAAAGUGUGCAAAAGAUAGGUUAGUGGCAUUAAGUGACCAUUUCAUUUUAAGAAACGCAUGAUUAAAAUAAAUUUUCUUAUACACAGACAACAAAGAUGUUCCUGCCACUAAUUUUUUGUGUUUGACUGAUGAAAUGUUGUGGGAGGUUUUCGGACUGAAAAAGGGUCAGAAUUUGGCCCCAUCCACAGCCCCCAAAGAUAUUUGAUAUUUUUCAUGAAAAUUUGAAUCAAAAUUCAAAAUCCUAAAACCAAUCGGGAUAUAAAAGGGGGAUUUGCUUUGGUUCUUUGAUUGAAUAUUGAGAAUAAUUGUUUGUUUCAGUCUAUGAUCUAUUAUAUUUCACCGAGUGAGCACUAAAAUUUAUAUUUCACUAGUUGCGUUGCCUUGAGUGAAAUAUUCACGGGGUGAAAUAUAUUGCAAUCUUAAACUUUCUUACACUGAAUCAAACAAAUUUUCUUUUUAAUAUAAGCCUUAAAGUGGAAUUAAAAGUCAUUUAAUUACACUUUUUUAGAAAAACGUGUAUAUUUAUAUGCAUAUAUGUAACGUGUUUGGAACAGUGAAAUAUCUAUUUUACUUCACUGAUAAAUCUCUAUAAACAACCAAAAAGCAAUUCGUCGCUACUUUCAGAAUUCUAAGGGCCGAGGCUUCAUCCAAAAAAAGUUGAAAAAACAAAAACUGUGAUCUUUAAGUCAUUGAUCAAAGUCUUCAAGCUUCAAUAAUGGAGAGUUAUAUUGAAAAAUCAAUUGUAUAAUUAUUGAUUUGUUCAUAUGAUGAUUGAUCUGGUCAUACUCUCUGUGGUGUGAUUGUUCGCAAUACUGUUACAUGUGCUAAAAUCUGAGGAUGUAUAUAUAUAUAUGUUGUACAUGUAUGCCAUUUAAUGUGUGUUUUUCUCUCUAAUUGAUAUUACGUAAAAAGAUAUGUGAAAGUUCAAAUUGUUGAGUUUUAGUUACAUCAUUUGCAAAAUAAUAGCUGCUUUGAUGUUUGCGAGCUAUGAUGUAUUAAAAGGGACUAGACACUAGAUGAUACGAUUGAAAGAAAAAAGAAAAAUGUCAAAAAACAAAAGAAAAAUGUCAAAAAACAUAAAAUUGACAUUGUUGUGUAAAACGCUGAAUCUUACUUACUGAUGUAUAACAUAACGACACAUGCAUCUUUUGCAGAUUUUGCACAUUUUACAAUUAGAAAUUUACUGGGGUUGUCUAUGAUGUAAAUCCCAAUAAGUUUAAGAAUAGUAUCGGUAUAUUUAUCUGUACUCGUAAUUAGAUAUAAGUUAAACUGGGAAACCAUUAUGCACUAUUUAUAAACGUGGAAACACAGAUGAGACAGCAACAUGAUUGUUGUGUUUAUUAUUUUAAUUGUGUAGAAUGAUGUAUAAUCGGCCUCUAACUGGCUCGCAUUGACAAUUCUAGGUUUGUUUUGAGGACAAACUGAAUUUGCCGAUUUUGGGACCGUCUGUUGUCUAGACCCCUUAAACCUAGUUGUAGGGUUUUAGCCAGGUAAAAAAAGGACAUGUAUGGCCGAAAAGGGACAAGACGCUAAGGGAGAAAAGGGCACACUGUACAGUGCUAUAUAUAAUUUGAACAUCAUGAAUUUUAUCAAAAAUGUUAGGAAUUAUGUUAAAUUGAAGUAAUAUUAGGUUUCAAGUGCAAAACAUACCUGUAUAAGUUUGUAUGUAUCUAUAAUAAUUAUAAGUUUUAAUCAAAACAAAAUAAAUAUUUGACAGUCUUAAGCAUUUGAUUCUGUGAAUGCAGAAGUGUACCAAUGCUGGACUCCAUGAGGGCAGAAAUAUACUACCAAGCAGAACAGGGUGCAGCAUCCUUCCAUAACUCUUCAGUUAAAACCCUUCAUAUUGUAUUAAAAUAACAUAACGUCAUAAGGAUAUAAGUCAUGCAAUGAAAACUUCAGGGAAAAACCUUAUAGCCGAAAGCUUACAAUGAUUAGUGUUUAUGCUCAUGUCUCUGCCAGUAAGAUUGCUGGACAUAUUCUGAUUUAAUCAAUUAGAAAGCUCCAAUGGUAAAUGAACACAAUUUUAUUUGGUCAUCAUUUUAUUUAGUGGGCUGUUCAGCAGUUCUUUCAUUUACAUAGGUCAUUCGAAACUCCGUGGCCAUUUUCCAUUGAUAACAACCUUGGAUGUAUAUGGACGGUUUGCAAUGUCAGAUAUCUUUAGAUUUAACUAUGCUGCAAGGAGAUCGGAUGUAAUUUCAAUUAAGCAGUUAAACUUAAUGACUUUACUCAGCAUAAAACAUCGAUUUUCAAACGUAAAUAUGAUAACUGCGAUCUCCACUUUUGUCAGCAGUCUUCUUUUACUGGUUUCCAGACACUCACGAAAAAAAAUGGCUCAUUCCAAGACAAAAAUUAAAUUAAAAAAAAGUUGGCAAAAUGAUCAUUCUGUGAGAGUGCAGUUUUAACCAUUCAAUUCUAUGAAGGCAGAUUGGUGCCCAUGUUGGCCUCCAGAAAGGAGAAGGGUUUUAGAGAAAAUUAUUGUACUCACCAAAAUGCACAGAUUGGAAAAUUAUAUUAAUGCAUGUACUCAUUUUCAACAUGAAUGUCAUUUUUCUGGUAGAAUUAGUGUCAUCAUUAUGAUUUUGUUCUAUCAUCAUUUUUUGUGUCGCCUGAAAAGACGACAUAUAGGGGUUACUUUUGUCGGCGGUGGCGGCGGCGGUGGCGGCGGCGGUGGCGGCGUGCGCGUCCCAUUUUCGCUUGUCCAGGGUAUAACCUAUAAACUAUUAGUGGUAUCAACUUGAAAUUUCAUGUGUAGAUAGAUCUAAUUGAGGGCAAGUGCAGUGCACAUAAACCGUAACUCUUGCUUCCAUAUUUUUAGAGUUAUUGCCCUUUGUUAUUUUUCAUGCUUUAAGUUUUGUCCGGGGCAUAUCUUGUAGAAUAUAAGAGUUAUCAACUUGAAACUUCAUAUGUAGAUAGAUCUCAUGGAGGGCAAGUGCAGUGCACUAUAACAGUAACUCUUGCUUUCUUACUUUUAAAGUUAUUGCCCUUUGUUAAUUUUCAUGCUUAAAGUUUUGUCUGGGGCAUAUCUUGAAGAAUAUAAGAGGUAUCAACUUGAAACUUCAUAGCUAGAUAGAUCUCAUUGAGGGCAAGUGCAGUGCACAAGAACCGUAACUCUUGCUGCCAUAUUUUUAGAGUUAUUGCCCUUUGUUAAUUUUCAUGCUUAGGUUUUGUCCGUGGCAUAUCUCGUAAACUAUAGGAGGUAUCAACCUUAAACUUAUUCCGUAGGUAUAUCUGAUUGAGGGAAAGUGCAGUGCACAAAAACCGUAACUCUUGUAUCUAUAUGUUUAGAGUUAUUGCCCUUUGUUAAUUUUCAAACUUAAAUUUUGUCCGGGGCAUUUCUCGAAAACUAUAAGAGUUAUCAACUUGAAACUUUAUAGAUAGAUAGAUCUUAUUGAAGGGGAUCGCAGUGCACAAAAACUGUAUCUCUUGCUUCCAUAUUAGAGUUAUUGCCCUUUGUUAAUUUUCAUGUUUAACUUUACCUUGCACACUUUUUUAGCUCCCCAGUUCGUGCUCAAGGUGAGCUAUUGUGAUCGGUCUUGGUCCGUCGUCCGUCCGUCAACAAUUGCUUAAAGAACAUUUCCUCUUAAACUACCUGGCCAAAUUCAAUGAAACUUGACAGGAAGCUUCCUUGGGUGUCCCUCUACAAAAAUACAACAAGGGGUUACGAUUGAUUAACAACAACAACAACAAAAUGGCCGACUUCCUGUUUUGCUUUAACGUUGUUACCUUCAGUUCAAAUGCCACCUACACUUGAAAGUUAAAUGGCAAUAUCAUUGUCUAUAAAUGAAAAAAUGCCAAUCUAACAGCUAUAAUGUCGACAGUAAAUAAUUCGUCAGGCGACACAUCCGACCCGCGGAGUUCUAGUGUUAUUUAUACAGCUUGAAUAAUAAAGUUAUUAUCAUGUG